GUUUUUCUUCUUUCACCCAAAAGACAAGAGGAAAGAGAUAUAUUACACACACGCACAAAAUGAGAGGAGAAGAAGCGACAGCAAAAGAAGCAGCAGCUCGCAGUAGAAGGAAAAGAAGCCCGCAGCAGCAGUGGGUUUAUGUUGGAAUUGAAAAUUACACAUUUGAUUUAGAAUUUUGCAAUCUAUUUGGUUGGUUAGAAUUUGGAAGAAACGAAAAGAAAGAAGAACCAGUAUGGGAUUCUUCUUUUGGGUUUCUUGAAAUUGGUGACAGGAGAAACCUUAAUUUGAGGUUGCCACCCAAACCCUUUUCACAAAGAAGUGGAAAGAUCGUUUAUAAGUAUGCAGAGCAGGCUAUUUCCACAUGGUUUCCUGUUGGUUUGGAUCACAAUCACCAGUUUCCACCUUCUGUACAUGUUGACUCUGUUCCCUUGCAGCAUUUUGAGAGAACAACAGGAAUAAAUCCACUAGUUUUGUUCAACAACAACAACAACAAUCAUCCAGAGCAAGUGAGGAGUCCAUGGGUGUAUAUAGCAGAAAAUGUUGUGUCAGACUUGCUUUCUUCCUUCGAAAAUGUCAAAAAUGAAAUCUUGGACUUGGAAGAUGUCAAGCCAAAGUUGGUUGCUAGAUUUGGAAAAAUUCUUUUUCAUGAGAGCCCUUCAAUCAGUGAAGAAACUACAAGAGUAGGUUUGGCUGCAGAAACUACAUUGAGUAAAUUGAGGAGAUCAUUUUACACAAAUAUUCCUAGUUCAUAUAUGGAAAACAUUAAGGGAGAAGUUGCCCAAAAGAUUAAAGUUGAUUUUGAAGAGGAGAAAGAUUUAUACCAUGUACAGUUGUCUGAUGCCACACUACCAGAUUCAACUAUUUCUUGCAAAUGCAGUGUGAUAAAAGAAGACAAAAGGCUUCAACUUUGUAAGAUUGAAUUACACCCAUUGCGUCAUAUGGUUAUAGACAUAUCGUGCCUUGAUAAAAACUUAGACCUAAGGCUGAUGCUAUCCACCAAGAGGACCUUAACAGCUCUCACUGAUGAUGAGAUGCAAAGCAUUAGAAGUCUUAUUAAUUCUGCAAUUCUAGAUCCAGAUGUGAAGGGUGGGUUGAGAUGGCCCUUGGGGAAGGCAUCUUCUGGAGGUAGAUAUUGUGUGGUGGGGGUUUGGCACACAAUAGCUAAAGAUUAUAAAAGUUCAUCAUUGAGCCUGAAAGUGAGACAUGCUGAUCGAUAUGAUUUUAGAACUUCAACCGGGGAAGCUACAAGGGAGAUAAAUUUGAAGCUGAAAAACAUUGUCUCAUUAUUACAAGAACAGGAGGUUGUUGAGGUUAGUUCGGUUGCCAAGAUGCUUAAAGACCACUUGAAAUUGAUAUGGGAUCAUUUCUUAUGCUGUGAACAUUUUUUGACAUGAAAUAGCAAAAAAGGUGGCGAAAAGAUAAAAACAGAAGAGACACCAUAUGGAAAAUGGCGGUUUGAAUAUUUUUGAUAUGUUUAUGGUGUAUUUGCUUACAUCUUAUGGCAAUUUGAAGGCAAUGGGCAUUGAUUCAGCAUUGUAGUUUUUAGUAGAAGAUGAUACGUCAUCUUGUAUUGGUCAAAAAACUAUUAAAUCAUAGGGUCUUGUUAUCAAUUAUUAUAAAAAUCCAAUAAACUUUGA